GAGUUUCCCCCAAAAUGUAUAAACAAAGAUACUGAAUGCUGGCCCACUGGUAAAAGCUUAGGUCUGAAAUAUUUUUGUGUGAUUAUAAAGCAUUUCGCAUCCAUCCCACGGAUCUUGGUCCAAAUCCUGUCCUGGUCACGUGAUUCCGGGAUGAGCCAGGCAGGCAGAUUAACGGCUCUCUGUUUGCCAGGAGUCCACUUGCGGAAACAGGCAACAUCGUUUCAAACGUCCGCUGGAUGUGGCGGUCCUAGCAACAGGGACGCCUGACUAUUCAAUCUUUUUUGGACGUAGUAGUCUCGUAUAAUUCAUUUUAGGGCGCAUUCAUGAAAUAACUUGGACUUCAUACCAGGAUAAAUAAUGAUUUCGCCGUGGGACCGGUGGUACUCGACGAGCUGCUGCCUGUGCUGCCAUGUACGGACGGGCACCAUUAUUCUGGGAAUAUGGUAUAUGCUCAUCAAUGCAGUGGUCCUACUCAUCUUGUUGUCGGCUCUCAAUGACCCAGUUCAAUACCGCUACCACCUUACCAGCUCUGAGCUGGGAACCGACAUUGAUGUUAUGGACGAUGCAAACAUCUGCAUAGCCACUGCAAUAUCUCUCCUCAUGAUUCUUAUAUGCGGCAUGGCAACAUAUGGUGCUUACAAGCAACAUGCAGCUUGGAUCAUUCCAUUCUUCUGCUACCAAAUCUUUGACUUUGCCCUUAACACACUGGUAGCCAUUAGCGUGGUGGUUUAUCCCAACACCGUCCAGGACUACCUCCAGCAGCUGCCGGGGACAUUCCCUUACAAAGAGGACAUCAUGUCCACCAACAACAUGUGCCUAGUUUUUGCAGUCCUCCUCUUCAUUGGCUGCAUCCUCUCCUUCAAGGCCUACCUGAUUGGCUGUGUGUGGAACUGCUACAGAUAUGUGAGCGGCAGGGGCACCACAGAGGUCCUGGUUUAUGUCACCACCAACGACACUACGGUCCUGCUGCCACCGUACGAGGAGGCCAUUGCCGUACCACCAAAGGAGCCCCCUCCCCAGUAUAUGGAGGCAUGAGAUACGUCCUCCCUGCUGGAACCUACAUCCCAAGCAAGCCCCAUCACCAACUGAUUCUCCCUCCAACAGCAGGACCCUGACACUGGCUGGAAACAUGUUGAAAAACAAAACCAAACAUCGUCUUAGAGGCUGGUGUCAGCUUGGAUCCCUGCCAACCUUAGAUUAGAUUAGGAUGACUCUGAACCAGUAUUGCCAUGAACCCCCCCCCCCCCCCCAAAAAAAAAACAACACCCCUGGUUGUUGUGACGUAUUUUCCUCCCCUCUCCUCUACUCUGUCCUCCUCCAAGGACAGAAUCACAGCAACUUCAGCCGCUCCUAACCACCCCCACCGACCUUCCCUCUUGGCAGCUGCUGUCUCCUGGCAGCGUCUAAAGUCUUGCACACCCUGAACACUCUCUCCCUACUUAAUUUGCACUUUUCUUUGAGUGAAAUGUGCACCACUCUGGCCACCAACUGUUAACCCCCAAUACUGUGAAUCUCCCUCGUGGUCUUCGUCUCGAAACAAACUACCUGAAGAGAGAUAGCGACAGAAAGAGUGAGAAGGAAUAUACAUGAUCAGUUAUGCAAGAGCACUUUUUUUUUCAGAAACUGACAAAUUCCUUCAUUGAAUGUACUGUCGAGGUAUUUUUGUAUGACUUUUUUUGUAUAACGGUGAAAACCGAGAGAAAAUGACACAAGAAGUGAAAGGCUGUACCGUUGUGAUCCCAUCGUACUGCUGUAGCUUGUCCCACAAGAAAAUGUGUUGAAAAAGGUUCCUUGACCAAUAACGACUAUGACUUCCUUUUGUAUCCAUAUAACACGCAGUCUGUAAGCAUGUAAUCCAUUGACUGCCAGCGAAAACCCUCAUUCACCCGUUGAUCACAAUAUUCCAGUUUGCCUUCCCAUCCAUGUUCCUGUCUGUUCCAAGAACUCGAAAGUUAAGAAAGACUGGCAUUAAUGUAAUCACCCAGCGAAGCACUUACCACAUACAUAAAUAUUUUACACAUUCUCACACUGCAAAUUCACAUCCAAAAAGGCAAUACACAUACUGUAAAAUCUAAAACGUGUGAAAAUAUUUCAGUCAGCUGUUAUUUCUUUCCGUUAUGUUGCAGCUGAAACAGCAUCGUCUUUGUUUGGUUGUUUGUUUUUUUUUGUUUUUGUUUUUACAUGGAUUAUGGUGCAUAAUCUGAUUUUUUUUUAGUUGAGCUAACUUAGCUGGACUGAGGGCAUUUUUCUAUAAAGACGGCGUGACGUGCUGCUGUACAUGCGGAAACUGUGUGCGCGUGUGUGUGACUGAGCGCCAUGAUGUAACUCCAAGGUCCUUUAUACUGUUUGUAGUGACGUUUCUUUUACACAUGCAGUGGUAUCACGUUGAGAUAUUUCCUGUGCUGGUGACCUUUUUCAAAUUAACAGUGGAUGGAAAUCUAAAACAGUGGUUUAGUUUAGUAUAGUAGUACAAAAUCAAUUUAAUUAAAAAAACAAAGUUAGAGAAGCUAGAUGCUUGUCUUUUGCCUGGAACUAUAUAGGCAAUAAGUUGAGACAUGAUAAUAGAACAAAUGAUGUUUAAGGAUAUACCUAAUCCCAUUUUUCCCCAAGUAUUCCUAGUUAGUAUUUGCUAUCAACAGAAAACAUUUUUGUCAUUCAGACUAUGCAAGAGUGUAAUCAACAACUCCAUAGACCUGGAAAUACAUACAUCGUGAAUUAGUAUUCUACUACAUACUAAUACUGUAGUUGAAAAUGUAGCCAUUUGUUGGCCCCCUCAUCAUCGUCACUGUGUGAAUUAUGAACUCUGCUUUUGCAAAUCCAACAAAGCUGAAAAUGAAUUUGCACUUUAAAGUCUGCGUGAGCUCUUUGAGAACUGAUGUGUUUGUGUUUUGUUCAUCUUUACCGCGUCAUGCUGUAGCUAAGUGGUUCUAACAUGAGCAGCCACCCUCUUCUGGAUGAUACCAGCUUCUGAAACAUGACAUAAAUCAAUAUGUGCAUUGUGUGAUGUGACUGAAAAGCUGAUACACUCUAAUGUGAUCACAGGGGAAUUUCAGCCCAGUAUCUGCACCAGCAGAUGGCAGAUUUUUGGCUCAUUUUAUUAGAAUCACUGCAAGACUGUUCUCCAUUGCUUUCCAUUAACACACAUCCUCUUGUUGGAUCUGCAUGAGCUCAUGUCUUCAAUGCUGAGUAAUAAAAAGCUAAAUCAACUACUGUUUGUCGCUGGAUUUAUUUGUGGAGUCCUUUGGGUUCUUUUAAUUAUCAUCUUGGAAAGAUAAAAUAAAACAAACAAUUUGAAUUUCAUUUACCUUUGUCAGCUAUUCAGGAAAGCCUUGAAAUGAAAGUACACUGAAAUACAUGAUGUAAUGGAUGGGGCCAAAAUGUUUAAAAUUUUAAAAAAUGUUUAAAAAAAUCUAAAGCAGUGUUUUUAAAGUUACCAGUUU